CAUACCAAAUUUAAAACACGUGAGGGACAGUAUUGAGUGUUAAGCUCCGUCUAACGACAGUACCGUCAUUUAUAUUUAAUAUAAAUUUAGAUUUUUUUGAGUUUAGUUUUUAUUUUUUUAUUUAAAACAAAAACGUGAACAUGAACGCGUAUUUGAAAAUCGUGUGCUUCUCGAUGGCCGUUGUGCUAAUUAGCGGCCAGGAUAUUAACCAGUGCUUCGAACAAGACAGCAUAUCCUGCGUGCAAAAGAGCCUCUACAGAAAGGCUAAAGAGUUCUUCACCAAAGACAACAUUGAAUUAUUCAGUGGUGUUAGCUUGGUUAAGGCUGCUGACAGGAACUCGAGGACUGCUAAAGAUGUGAUUUACGACCAGGAAAUAGAUGCUGCCAACGAUGUCGAGGGACGUCAAAGUGCCUUGGAGAACUUUGUCAGUGAUGAAGCUAGCGACUUUUUGACUGGACGCAGCCUCAGGAUAAACUUCGCGCCAGUUGCUGAGAAAAUUGGACAGACUGCACGUGCAAUGGUUGACUCCGUCCCACAAGAAGUUAGACAAGCUGUUGAUGAAGUUGUUGAAGGUCGUGGAAAGAAAAAGUUCUUGAAAACUCUCCUCCCUUUCCUGGCAAUUGCUAAAUUGAAGAUGGGAGCUCUUGCUGUUUUAUCAUACUUCGGAAUCGCCCUGUUGGCCAAGAAAGCCAUCUUCGCUUCAUUGAUCUCCCUCGCUUUCUCCGCAUUCAUCGGACUCAAAUCUCUCUGGUCUAAGGGCGCAGACACCACCGCGUACAAUGCAGGGUGGAACUCAGGUAACGUCGGCGCAUGGGCACCCCCAGCAACCAAUGGUUGGUCUUCUGGAGGGUGGGAUGACAGCCACGGUAAUAACUACGCUGGAACCAACCAGCCAUUCUCUGGCUACCACUAAGCCGCCAUUGGCUAUCAACGCCUGCCAAAUAACUCACUACAUUAUCACUUAAUAACGCUAAAUUAAAUUAUUUAAUUAAAUCAUCAUUAAUUAAAAUCAUUAAAACCAUAUUUUGAAAAUUUUAUUAACGAAUCAUUAAUAAUUAAUAUUAAUGAUUAACAUUGACAAUUAAUACUUAAUACUUACAUUAAUGGUUAAAAUUGAUGAUUAACAUUAAUACGUAACAAUAAUGAUUGAAAUUAAUUUUAACAUCAACAAUUGACUAUAAUAGCUAGCAUUUAUGAUUAAAAUUGAUUGAUCAAAUGAGUGAUUAACGUCAAUGAUUAAUACUUAAUAUGGUUUGAAAUAUUUAUUUUUUAUAUUUAUAAUUCAUUUUUUUGUAAGCUGUUGCCAUUAUUGUUAAUUUAUUAAUCAAAUAUGAUUUCACAUGUGUAAAUAAUUGUAUCUUUCAUCAUUCAUAUGUUAAUGUUAACAUGUUAAUAACUACAACAUUUCAUUGUGUAAUUAAAAUUAUAAUUAAUUACACAAAUUUACACGAAAAAAUAAUAUUUAUUAGCCACAAUUUCUUUUGUAUAAUUUAUAGAAUAGUACAAAUCAAAUAUCAAUCAAACAUAUAAUAGGAUAAUUUUUUAAAUAAAUUAUUGGUGAAUUAUGAAUUACAAUACUCUGAAUGAACUGUACAAUUGAAAACAAAAUAAGAAAAUAAAUUUUUUUAAUAAAAA